CGGGGUUUUCCUGAUAUGGGUGUGGUUUUUAACCGUGGACGUAUGCGAGCGCUGAGGUGGACGUGCCGUUGACUGAAUGACACAGCGUCUGCCUGUCACGUUCAUUUUCCGUCUUGUCCAUCGAAACGUGAACACCGAGCAGAAAGCACCUGCCAGACUGCACACUCCGUAGGAUCUUUCGAACCCGAGAGGAGCAUACCAACAAUGGCGUGCUCCAAAUUCGAGUAUGUCAAGCACUUUGAGCAACACAGCACGCUCCUCCCCAAUAGCCACCUGGUCGUGCGGGUAGACGGGCACGGCUUCCACCGGUUCACCAGCGUGCACAACUUCACCAAACCCAAUGAUGCGCGCGGACUAGAUUUAAUGGCACGAGCCGCUCGUGCGUGCAUGGAUGCGUAUCCGGAGAUCACGCUGGCGUAUGGGCAAAGCGACGAGUUCAGCUUUGUGUUCAAGCGGGCUACGACACUGUACAAACGGCGUGAGGCGAAAAUCGUGUCGACGGUUGCGUCUCUGUUUACCGCGGAGUAUAUGUUUCGGUGGAACGACUGUUUUCCGGAUACGAAGAUGGCGUAUCCGCCGAGCUUUGACGCUAGGGCUGUGUGUUAUCCGACGGAUAAGAACUUGAGGGAUUACUUUAGCUGGAGGCAGGCGGACUGCCAUAUCAACAACUUGUACAAUACAGCCUUCUGGGCCCUCGUCCAAGAUGCCAAAAACCCGCGAACCGAACGAGAAGCCCAAGUCAUCCUCAAAGACACCGACUCAGCCGCCAAAAACGAGCUUCUCUUCUCCUCUUACGGCAUCAACUACAACGCCCUGCCCGACAUGUUCAGGAAAGGAUCCGUGCUUUACCGCAAGCCCAGCCUCGUCGCCGAAAAGUCGAAGGCGGACCCUUCGAAGGAGCCAACGCUACGCAUGCGCAAUUUGGUGUGUGUUGAGUAUCGGGAUAUCAUUGGGGAUGCGUUUUGGAAGGAGAAUCCGUCGGUCUUGCCUCCGCCGGAGUAGAGAGUGAGACGGGUGGAGCGCCGGUUGAAGUUAACUGCCGCUUGGAAAGGCUCGGUCUGCCCUCCGUGGAGGGGCAGGAACCGUCUUGAUAGCCCAGACCAAUUUUACUGCGAACAAGAGUCGGGGCAUGCAUUCCCGCCCGAACAAGAUGCAUUCGUCGCAGAAGGCCUCCGCGGCCCCGCUUCGGCGCCGCCGUUUGAGUGUUGGCACCACAUUGGACUUUGUCAGAAGGGCGCUUUCAAUAAUGAAGUGGCAUCGGCACGCUUGAUCUGAUCCGCGU